UUGAAAAAAUACUAUGCAAACGCAUUCAAAAUAGGAAUUGAAUUAAACAUUCUCCACAUAAUAAGUUUGAAAACCCCUGAUCUAACUGAUCUCCACUAAGUAAAAACCAUUAAGGGUCUUCCACUGUGACCUCUUCAAACUAGCAGCUUUCCAAUAGCUUUUGUUGUAAAAUUUUUAUGGGGACUGGCAUUAUUAAAUAUGACAUUAUCAUUUUUUUUAACCUCAGGCCAAUGUUAAAUGCACCUUAACCCCAUUUAAACCAGUUCUUGUUUCACUCUCAGACUUUAUUUAAAAAGACAGGGCUAAUCUGGUGCCUACAAUUCAUGCAUGACUCAUCUUUUAUCCAUUUAAGGGAGCAGAAUUAAAAGCUGUGUUCGGCUGAUAUGUGAUGCUUUAUAAAGCACACUUAGGCAAGGGCAUUGUAUUGCUUUGCUGCAUGGCCACAGCCAAUAUUGCAAUGGGCCAUGAAGAGUUAUUACAUAGCACCUUUUUUAUGAUGUCCAUUUGGCUGGUGUUCAGAUAUGCAUUAUCAUUUUUAUUUGAGAAGGUUAUGUUUGCUUCUAGGAAAGGCUUCCUUGCAUAUCAGCACUUUGCUAAAUUACUCUCGCCAUUUAUUUGAUGUUCCUCUUAGUUACAAUAUAUUUGUUUUGGGCUUUUCACAUCCCGAAGGAGAAGAACACACCUUUACUUAAAAGGCUAAAAUUAAGUUUGCUAAAUGGAAAAGAAGCAUGUGUGUGAGGGUAAUUCUAAAAUGAAUUGAAAAUAUUCACUUCUGCCCCUGUUAUAUAAUGCAUCUGCAAUGCUGUGUUGGCCUCAGAUUUCAUCAUUAGCUACGUGCACCCAUUAGCAUCAGCGAGAUAACUUUUAGCUCCAGCAGCCACUUUCACACCAUUGUGAAACACUCAUUGCUUCAGAGGGAAAAGCAAAUGCCAUUCACAUGAAUGGCACUCACGUGUCUUGUAAACCCAAGGGGAAAUUACAGUUGUAAUUAAGCAUUGGUCUUUGUGGGUGAAAUUUUGUGUGUGCUUCACGCUCAAAUGACUCCAGGGGAAUGGGAUCAAGCUGAAAUUUAAAACAGCCAAGUGUUACCUUUACAAUGCAAUCGACUCAGAAGAAAGAAAACCUGAAGGGCAACUUCUGAGGAACUAAAGAUCGCUUGCUGUGCCUUUCUGAUUCAGGUAGCUCGGUUUUCCAUGCCAUGUUUUAUGGAGAGUUGGCAGAGGACAAGGAUGAGAUCCGUAUCCCUGAUGUAGAACCUCCAGCCUUUCUGGCUAUGUUAAAGUACAUUUACUGUGAUGAAAUUGACUUAAGUGCUGACACAGUACUGGCAACAUUAUACGCAGCCAAAAAGUACAUAGUCCCGCACCUGGCUCGGGCUUGUGUCAACUUCUUGGAAACAAGUUUGAGUGCAAAGAAUGCGUGUAUUCUUCUAUCUCAGAGCUGUCUGUUUGAAGAGCCAGACCUGACGCAACGCUGCUGGGAAGUUAUUGAUGCCCAGGCUGAGCUGGCUCUUAAAUCCGAGGGCUUUUGUGACAUUGACGCUCAGACCUUGGAGAGCAUUCUCAGCCGGGAGACACUGAACGCUAAGGAGAUUGUAGUGUUUGAAGCAGCACUAAGCUGGGCGGAGGCUGAAUGUCAGCGGAGGGAGAUAAACACAACUAUCGACAACAAACGCAAGGUAUUGGGCCAAGCCGUCUACCUGAUCCGUAUACCAACCAUGGGUCUUGAUGAUUUCGCAAAUGGUGCUGCGCAAUCAGGAGUGUUAACGCUAAACGAGACCAAUGAUAUUUUCUUAUGGUACACGGCGGCUAAAAAACCCGAGCUGCAGUUUGCCUGCCAACCUCGCAAGGGAUUGACACCACAAAAGUGCCAUCGCUUCCAGUCGUGCGCCUACCGCAGCAACCAGUGGCGUUAUCGCGGACGCUGUGACAGCAUUCAGUUUGCUGUAGAUAAGCGAGUGUUUAUCGCGGGUUUCGGGCUUUACGGUUCAAGCUGUGGAUCUGCGGAGUACACUGCCAAGAUCGAGCUGAAACGGCAAGGAGUCGUUCUGGGAAUCAAUCUUAGCAAGUACUUUUCAGAUGGAUCCAGCAACACCUUCCCAGUUUGGUUCGAGUAUCCAGUUCAGAUCGAGCCUGACACUUUCUAUACAGCCAGCGUGGUUCUGGACGGAAAUGAACUGAGUUAUUUCGGGCAAGAGGGUAUGACGGAAGUUCAGUGUGGGAAGGUGACCUUCCAGUUUCAGUGCUCUUCGGACAGUACCAACGGCACAGGAGUGCAAGGCGGACAAAUUCCAGAGCUCAUUUUCUAUGCCUAAGUUUCUCU